AUGGAGGAGAUACAGAAGAGUUCAAGAAACAAACCAAGGCGAAGAGAUGGGCCCAAGUUCCAUGGUAAUAAAUCGAAGAAUGCAGCAACAAACUCCAUAGAGAACUCUAAUAAACUAGGUGGUAAAAGUGUCUCUAACAGAGGAAAAGAACUAACACCUGGCCAAGAAAGUGGCUCAGAGACCAAUGAAGGUUCUAAGAAAACCAAUUCUAGAAGACCCGCCAACAGGAAUAAGAGGAAUAAGAGGAAAAGAGAUCGCAAUAGAAAUUCAGAAAAUGACGAGUUCAAGUUAGUUAUGCGGUUGCUUCCGCCAAAUAUAACCGAGCAAAGUUUUAAAAAAACGAUUGAGGCUGUAUUGGGUGAAGAUAUGUUUGCAAAGUGGAAAAUUACUGAUUUUUACUAUGUCAAAGGGCACUAUUCCAGCAAACUUUUUACGCCACCAACUUAUUCCAGAGCUUACCUAACCUUUCAGACGAUGGAAAAUCUUAACGACUUCUCUCAGAAAUGCCAUAAGAUUAGUUUUGUUGAUGACAGGGACAAUGCUACCACAGCAAAAUUUAAGAUAUCAUUUUACGUCAAGAAAUUGAACAAUAAUCAGCAUAACCCUAAACUUAAUAUGGAAGGAACGCUAGAGAACGAUGAAUUGUUCAAAAAUUUUAUGAAAUCAAUGAAAUUAAUGGAGGAUAAAGAGCAUCCUGAAUUUGCAUUCAAUACUUUCAGUAUUCUCAAACCGAUCGAAAAGGAAUUUGCUAAGCAGAAAAUGGCUGAAAAAUUGAUUGAGAAAAAGACUGAAGCUGCGUUAUUUUACUUAGCUGGUAGUAACGAGAAGGAGAAGAGGAAGAAGAAGAAAUCUAAGAAGAAAACGGCUGAAGGUGAUAGACCAAAGAAAUCAAAGAAAAGAAGUAGACAAAAGAAGAGGAAAGCUUUUGCAGAAGAUGUUCAGGCUUCAGUUCCAAAAAAUAACAACAUAGUCAUUCUAGAAGCUGCAGGAAAGAAAGAACUACAGAAAAGGAAGAGGCUACAAUUACAAAAAGAAGUCACAUCUAAUAAAGUUCAUGAAAGCAAAGGUCCUUCCAAGACAAAUUCAAAACCCAAAUCUUCACUGAGAAGUUACAAUGCAAAUGAAUCGAUGUCAAAAAAUCCUGGAAAAAGGGCUGAACCUGUGAAAGUUCUGAGAAGAGAAACCAGCUGA